GGAGAAUUCCGGACAACUAUUUACUAUAUAUAUAAAGCGACACAACAAUUGACAAAUCAGUUGUCAUUCAUUGAAACAGUGAAAAGCCAUACAAUUCCUGAUACACGAUGAAAGUGGUAGUGAUAUUAGCGCUGACUCUGGCUGUCGUCUCGGCUAAAACACCGAUGAUCAAACUGAACACCGGGUACGAGAUGCCAGAGAUAGGUCUGGGCACGUGGCAGGCAAAGGGAGAUCCCGUGAAACAGGCCGUGAAGGACGCUCUGGAGGUUGGCUACCGACACAUCGACACGGCUUACAUCUACGAGAACGAGAAAGAGGUCGGAGAGGGUAUUCACGCCCAGAUCGGCGCCGGUGUACUCAAACGCGAGGACCUGUUCAUCACCACAAAAGUGUGGCCAAACGGCAGCAAUCAGAAGAAGGCUCUGGAGAUGAUUCACCACUCGCUGAAACAGUUGAACGUCACUUACUUGGACUUAGUUCUCAUACAUUUCCCGCGAGACGAUUACGCGGACACUUAUAAGGGAAUGGAGGACGCCUUCCACCAGAAGUUGGUCCGCUCUAUCGGUAUAUCAAACUUCAAUAGAGGACACAUCGAUCACCUGCUGAAGACGGCCAAAGUGAAGCCCGCCGUCAAUCAGAUCCGCAUUCAUCCCACGCAUAACGACGCCGACACUGUUAAGUACUGCCAGGAGUUGGGUAUCGCUGUCACCGGGUAUUCACCGCUCGGCACCGGAAAGAUGAUUAAGAAUCCCACUCUUGUGGCCAUCGGUAAGAAGCAUAACAAGUCCGCGGCUCAGGUGGCCCUCCGCUGGCAGAUUGAGAACCAUUGGAUCACAAUUCCGAAGAGUGUCAACAAGAAGUAUAUCAAAGAAGACUUCGAGAUCUUUGACUUCACUCUUACCAAAGAGGAGAUCAAAACCAUUCACGAUAUGAAGGCAUAAGAGAUCAAUUUUAAACAUUGUUAAAACUAAUUUAAAACUAAAUAAUAAUUAAUAAUAAAUUAUUACAAUA